AUGUCUAAGCAUAAAAUGUCUAAGCAGAGAAUAUCUAAACAGGAAACAGAAUCUAAACAGGAAACAGAUUGUGAUAUGGGAGCAAUCGUUAAAUUCAUUCCAGAUUAUAAUUUAGAUGAACUCUUUGGGAUAAUCAUUUUUUCGGAAGUUUCACUAAAAGGAGAUCAACAAAAGCAAACAAAAAUUGAAGGAGCAUUUACAACGCCUGUUGGAUUGGAUGGAUUAAAAACUGAACAUGGGAAAUAUAUUUACACAGUAAAACUUUUUAAUGGAGAUGAAAUGGUUUAUGAUUUAACCGAACCGAUAUUUAGUGGAUCUAAAAUAGUAAAUCUGACUAUUUGUGGAAAAAAUUCAAUAAUUGGAAAAACAGUGGUUAUCAAAAAGGAUGAAGAAGAAAUAGCCACAGCGAACAUUGCAGGCAUAACGAAAUUUACGGUUGAUAU